AAUUCUUUCCAUUUGUAACUCCUCAAUUCUCAUCAAUAAUCCCUUUUUCCUUUUUUUGAUUCAUAUUAAUUCAUUCAUCAAAAUUAAUUAAAAAAAUCUUCAAUUUCAUUAUCAUAAUAUUGUUUUGAUUAGUUUUUAUUGUUAAAAAGUUACUAUGAAUAAUAAUAAUAGUAGUAAUCCAGCUACGCCGAUGAACGCUAACGCGCCGUCGUCUAGCUCCGGCGGUGCCGGAUCACCGGAUUCCCGUACUCCGGCAAGAAACUCUAAGCGACCUAAGUAUUCUAGGUUUACACAGCAGGAACUUCCAGCAUGCAAGCCAAUACUUACACCGAAAUGGGUGAUUUCAGCAUUCAUGCUUGUUACGAUUGUUUUCAUCCCAAUAGGACUUGCUUCUCUCUUUGCAUCUCGUGAUGUAGUUGAAAUUAUUGAUCGGUAUGAUAAUGCCUGCAUACAAGGCACAAAAAGUGAAAAGGUCCAAUUUAUACAGUCUGAUGGUGAUAAAACUUGUACCAGAAACUUGACAGUCCAUAAGCGUAUGAAGCAGCCUAUUUACGUCUAUUAUCAGCUCGACAAUUAUUAUCAGAAUCACCGCAGGUAUGUCAAGAGCCGAAGUGAUCAGCAAUUGAGAAACCGUGGUGAUGAGAAUGACACCAGCAGCUGUAAGCCGGAACAUGAUGCAAAUGGGAUGGCAAUAGUGCCUUGUGGUCUUGUAGCAUGGAGUUUGUUCAAUGACACCUAUAGCUUCUCUUUAGGAAAUAACAGCGCUUUACCUGUAAACAAGAGGCAUAUUUCAUGGAAGAGUGACAGAGAAGACAAGUUUGGUAGUGACGUCUACCCGAAAAAUUUUCAAAAUGGAACUCUCAUUGGUGGCGGCAGUCUGAAUGAGUCUGUGCCACUAAGUGAACAGGAAGACCUUAUUGUGUGGAUGCGAACUGCGGCCCUUCCAACUUUUAGGAAGUUGUACGGGAAGAUAGAGGUGGAUAUUGAGGCAGGUGAGACGAUAAAUGUGGUACUGCAGAACAGGUACAACACUUACAGCUUCAGUGGCAAGAAGAAACUUGUGCUAUCAACUACCAGCUGGCUUGGAGGAAAGAAUAACUUCAUAGGCAUUGCUUAUCUUUCUGUUGGCGGCUUGUGCUUCUUGCUUGCCACAACUUUCACUCUCAUAUAUCUAGUUAAACCAAGGCAUCUUGGAGAUCCUACUUAUCUGUCAUGGAAUCGGAACCCAGGUGGUCACUGAUGUGUGAUUGUGCAGUUAUGAGGCGGGUCAAAGGAGAUCCUUUUGAUCGUGUAUGUAUUACAUCUAUUAUGCCAACACUUUGUAGAUUUAGUAAAAUCGUUUAUUAAUUGUUUGUUGACAAGACUUCUGUAUUAUUCAGUACUGAAUUUACGGUUAUCCGUUUCUUGAAUACGUAAUGCUGGUGACAAUGUAACUAUUGAUAUUAUUGAGUAUAGAAUGAAUGUUACAGUUAUGUUUUA